UUGGCCAUAUUUCAAGCCGCCACAGGACUCAUACCGAAGUUUAGAAGUAAUGGCGGAUGUCCAAGAGAGAAUCUCUCCAUACAAAAUAUUCAGUUACGAACUACCCUCGCUAUCUGAUAUAUUGGAUGCGCCGCCGACGGCUGAGUUGGAACCGCUGUCCGAGGGUAGAAUCACACAAACAGACGAGCAGGACAUGGGGAUGACGUAUGCGGAGCUGUCCGAGUUCGGGAGGUUGAGGAAGAUGCACUCGUGUGGUCCAUACGCGAUGUUCGAGAAACUUGUCCAUAUUUGGAAUGAAAGGACGCCGCAGGAGGUAGCUGAUAAAGUGAAGCAUUUCUUCCGUUGCUAUGCGAUUAACAGGCAUAAGAUGACAGUAUUGACCCCUUCGUACCGGGCUGAAUCGUAUAGCCCGGAUGACAACCGUUUCGACCAUAGACCUUUUUUGUAUCCAGUUAACUGGGUAUGGCAGUUCAAGAGGAUCGAUGAAAUGGUGGCAGCGAUGAACAAUACAACGGCUAUUAAAUAGAAUACCACAUAAAACGUAGAAAAAGUGCAAUAAAUAUGUUAUUUAAUGCCAAUUUAGUAUUGGAAAUAAACAGGCUUUAUUUCAUAUUAUUCAUGCCAAUGUAGAAUAUUGUCUAUAUUAUAUAAAAUAA